AAAAUUGGAAGUAUGAUUGUUAGGGUUUCCAGCUACAUAUGUAGCCAAUUAUUAUACCAACUGACAAUUCUGAAAGCUGUGGUUAAAAGUACCAGGAAGACCCCAGUUUAGGAAAGACUGGUUCAGAGAACUUUUGCACCUGGAAGAAGUUGUGUGCACACAAAAAGCAGUAUAUCCUCUCAUCCGUUGUUUAGGCGUUCCACACAAAGCAAGGAGGGUGGCUAUCUAGCUAGCAUCUUGCAGUCUAAAGUGGCUGUCCUAGGAGAAAGGUGGCUCCUGUCAGUUUAAAUUCAAAUCAAUAGUAGAGUUUGUUUUUAACAGUAUCUGCUUGUUGACAGUAGGUGGCAUUUUGCCAUCCCUAUUUCUCCCAGGGCCAUACUGCUGGCUCCCUCUACCCAGAGCUGACAUCAGGCCCCACCCAUUGCAAGCCACGCUGUGAUUCCCAACUUCCAUCCAGCAGCAGAACGCAGAGGGCGAGCCAAAGUCCAUCUUAGUGACCUGCUCAGAAAGAAAAGGCAGGGUGGGAUUGUGUGUUUGGGGUAGGGGGGGUGCAGCUUUCAACUUUUUCCAUUCAACUUUCUGUACUAAAACUUUUUCUCUGUUUCAAAGCCAGCCGUCUAAAAACCGCGGCGCUGUUCUGUAUGAUUCGUUCUCUCCUUCGCACAUCUACCCCACCCUCCCGCCUCGUCAAGGGGGAGUUGCCUCGCUGCGAGACUACCGUUCUCCUCGAACCUGCGUGGGACCGGUUCCUAUGCGGGUGAAGCCACUUCUUGUUCCGGAGGUGCCUUAAGGCGGGAAGUGAGGAGGGGGGAGCGUCGGCCCCAAAGCUUCCGAAGCGAGGCACCGCCCGCGUCUCUCUCUCUCUCUCCACCCCACCCCCUUCCCUCCAUCCCAUUGCUGGGAAAGGGGACUUGAAUGAAAGUGGAGGCGAGCUGAGCCUUUUCCUCCGAUCGCUUGCGCGCAAAAAGAAAAAGUUUCUGAGCAGCCCUUUUAAAGACACAGCCUGAGUUAACACAACCGUCGCCGCCUUCCUCCCCAGACUUUUACGCGCGGGAGAAGGCCGUUUGCCGUAAAAGCCCAGGAAGCCACCCAGUUUGUUGCAGGGAAGAAUGGGGUGAGAGAAGAGGAGGACAAGGCUCCGCUGGCUGAGCUCUGGCCAAGGUCCCCAGGGAUUUUCUUCGGAUUACUUCAAAACGGAGGGAGGCAAACGGAGAGCUGGAGUGAAGGCAAGGAACGUCCAAGAGGCAAGGAUUCCGGCGAGCGAGGCGGACGAGGAGGAUGGGAACGCCAACCGGCCCCCGAUGAGGACUCCAUGCGGGUUCCUGAGCUCUUUCUUCCCUUCCGCCCUCAGCCCAGGAAAGGGCCAUGAACCGUCCCACGCACCAAGAGAUGAUCGAACUGCAGAACCUGGGCCUGGAGGAGCAGCUGGACCUGACGCGCUGCCCGCGAGGCACGGCUAACCGCCCCGUCCGCUUAGAGCGCGCCAACGCCUUGAGGAUCUCUCCCGGGAAAGUGCCCGAGCUUUUGACCCGCGUUCGCCAGAUCCGUCUUCUGGGCGGCCAGAGCGAUCCUAAAUUAACCGAGGAGCUCGGCGAGGGACAUCUCUUCCGAUCCUGCACUCAGAGUCAACCCACCUGGUGCGAUCUGUGCGGGGAGUUCAUCUGGGGCGUCUUCAAAAAGCAUCUCCGCUGCAUCUACUGCAAGUUCAUCUGUCACUACCGAUGCCGUGCUCUAAUCCGACUUGAUUGCAGGGGACCCAGAUAUAAAAAUGAGCAAGAUGAAGGCAAUGAGCAGACAAUAGAAAAAGACACUAAUGUGGAUGAACAGAUUGACUGGGAGAAACCCAUUCUGUCCCAGGCUGACAUUGAACAAAAGAUAAAAGAAUAUAAUAGCCAGAUAAACAGUAACCUCUUUAUGAGUUUGAAUAAAGAUGGGUCCUAUACUGGCUUCAUUAAGGUACAACUAAAGCUGAUCCGGCCUGUGUCAGUACCUGCCAAUAAGAAAGCACCCUCAGUCCAGGACACUAAGAAGAGUUCGUUGCGCAGCCAAUCUGUAAAGCGCCGAACUUCAUUCUACUUACCAAAGAAUACAAUCAAACAUCUACAUAUAAUUUCUCGUACACGGGCUGGUGAAGUCAUUGAAGCCCUGCUCAAGAAAUUUAUGGUUGUUGACAAUCCCCGCAAAUUUGCCCUCUUUGAAAGAACAGAAAAAGAUGACCAAGUAUAUAUCCGUAAGCUUUCUGAUGAGGAACAACCCCUGCGUAUCCGACUACUUGCUGGUCCUAACGAAAAAACACUCAGUUUUGUUCUGAAGGAAAAUGAGACUGGUGAAGUCAAUUGGGAUGCCUUUAGCAUGCCUGAAUUGCAGAAUUUUCUGCGUAUCCUGCAGCGUGAAGAAGAGGAGCAUACUCGGCAGAUUCUGCAGAAAUAUGCCCAUUGUCGCCAAAAAAUGCAAGAGGCUCUAGCUGCUCGCACCCCAGGUUGAUAAAAUGCUAUAUCCCAAACCCAGCACUCCGAUAAAGAGCAGAUGCCAAAAGCAAGCCAAGUGGACUGCAAAUGAAGUGAUCCUUCGACUGUCUGUGGGAUGAAUGUGUCUCUGGAGGUGGUGGGGAAGGGACAGCAGGGAUGUAUGGAUCUCUUUGUGAGCCUUUGAUCAGUGCAUAUGUGUGCUCCCUUGGAGUGAGUGGAUAGUAAAUGUUGCAUGCAUGGCACAUUGGGGUCAGGUGAGAAAAUAAAAAGGUGUUUGCAGAAUGUGUCUGAAGAUGGGGAUUUUAGGGCAAUACUAUAGCACUGUUACUGAAAAAAGUGCCAAAAAGCUAGUGCCACUUUUACAGUAAGUCUUGCUGAGUUAUGUUUCUCUGGGAUUGGAAUUGGGCAAGAUUUGUGAUUAAUUUAAAAACAACUAGAGUAGUUUUGAAUCUAGAAGUAUUCCAGGAAGAGAGGCAUCCAUGGCACUUUUCUUUAAAAUAUAAAUAUUUUUAUUUUUAUAUAAGGUAAUUAAUUAAGAUUCCUUUUAAGGGACUGGUCUAAUUCAUUCAACCCUGUCUAAGCUCAUCUGUAGUAGGAACUUCAUGGUCAGUCUGAUUGAGUGAAAUCCACUGCCUCUCAGCUUGAAGUCAUUGCUAAGACUGAUAAUGGAGAGAAAUGGAGACUAAAGUUUUCCUUCUCUCAGAACUAUAGAAAAGCAGUUGACAGAAACAUUGAUAGCGGGGAAAAAUAUUCUGCCAAUAUCUCUCCUUUAUUUUGCUCUCUUUAUGGAAAGAUUGGAGCUAACUGCUUAACAAAUCUCAGAACUCUGGCUUCUCUUCUGCUAUAAUCAUAGCUUUGAUUACUUAUUUUUAUAUGGGCACAUGCAUGACUGAGAUCUUGAUGUAUGGCUGUGGAACAUUUUAGUUUUGGGCAGAACCUAGCAGGAAAUUUCCUAGGUUGCUGCUCAAAACAUCUGUGGUAUGGGAAGCAUUUGUACUGCUACAGUAAGCCUCUUUGAGAUUUAGUAGUAGGGUAUAUUUGUCAGAGCAUUAAAUACUUAAAAAAUAAAGCCUAGGCCUUUACCACUCCUGGGGAAUCUUGUUUAAAAUUGUUAACUAUCUUGAACAUUGAAUGGAUUAACUAGGAUUGUUCAUUGUUUUGAAAUUUGAAUGGAUAAAACAUUUUGGGGAUUGAUUAGGUUAUGAAUGAUACUGCUUAUAUACCAAUCAAUAAAUAAUUCAGGGAUGAGAAAUAUUUGGUGUAAUAUUACUUUCUUGCUCAAAGUCUAUGCCUAGAAAUGGCAUCUGCUAGGUAGUGUCACAUCUAUUAGUUCCUGCAAACCAUACUAUGUGUUUUAAUCCUAAUCCUCUGCCAUCCUUGAAACCUAAAACUGAUGUGCCUAAAAAUUAGGUGGAUUGAAGUAAUAUGUUCAGCCAAAGACUUUAUUAGGUACAUAAACCAGAAUAAUUUUAUCAAUGACUUAUUGUGUAGUAUUAACCAAGGUUUCUUUCUUUUGG